AUGGCAUCACGUACGAUACCAACUUCACCUGCACCUUCACCUACACCUUCACCUUCUUUAUUGCGUUAUCCCCACCUAGAAUUGCAAGAUCAUCAAGAUCAACGUCUUUCAUAUGCUACUACUUCACCACCCACUCCUAAUGCUGAAAAACUCUUUUAUCGUCCACCGAUACUAUCGACUCCUUCUUCUCCCAUCCCACAGACCUAUCAAAGAGAGAAUUCUCCUCUUAGUCAGAAGAUAAGGCCAAGCCAUUCACAGGAUGCUAGUGUGUGCACAAGUGGAGAAGCAUCGAGUGAUAUUGCAGUUGGGUAUGGUAUCGAUAUCAAAGAACUGGCUGACAUGUUGAGUCCGCCUGAAUCGAGCAAUAUGCAAAAAGAUAAAGGAAAAAGAAGUAAACGCAAAGGUAAAAAUGAAAGUAAGAAUGAAAGUAAAGGCAAAGAUAAGGAACGACAAGAUCAUGCAUCACCCUCAUCAAGUAAUCAGAAUCCGUCAACCAGAUCGAAUGUCAGUCAGAUCAAUGACAAUUCUCCUGUACCAUCAUCAGCAUCGUCAAUACCUCGACAAGAAGAAUCAUCCUCUUCGACAUCUUUCACUCAGGCUCAAGCUGAAUUCGAAGCGAGUUUACCACCUGAGACACCGCCACCUCUACCUCCUAAACCAUUACCUCCAUCAUUCACUCCAAAAUCGACUCAUACAAUACAUAGUAUAGCAUCUUCUUUAUCGUUAUCGUUAUCGUUAUCAAGAUUAUCACAUUCUGCAGAAACGACAACGACAACAACUGAAGUUCAUUCACCUCAAAAAGCUUUACAUGGUAGAAUGACUUCUGCAUCUUCGCAUCAAUUAACGAAUAAACCUUCUUUCCCGAGUUUUACUAAUAGUAAUAGUAAUACUAAUCAGUCUCAAUCAGAUUCUCAAUCAUCGCCAUUCGAUGAUUAUAACCAAAACCAAGCCCAAAACGAAGACCAAUUUAACGAUCAAUAUUCACCGAUGUCAUAUCAUCAUGAAAGAGCAUACGAACAAGAUGAACAGUUCUUUACGAAUAUAUACGGAUUAUCUGGCUCGCUUCAUGGUGAGAACCAUGCUUCGUCAUCAUCAUCAAGGACACCUACAUAUUCAUUUUUAGCCAAAGAUCCAUUAGCAACUUUUUCAAGAAAGGGAACGACACAUUCAAGGAAUAAAUCAACCUCUUCGUCAAAGAGUAAUUUAUCGUUACCGCCAAUUACAAACGCAAUGAAUGACGAGAGAAGAUCAUCUCGUCAUUCGGUGUAUAGUGGAAUGGCUGAUUUUCAAGUAUCAAAUAUGUCAACUGAACAAUCACCUAUAUCAAAUGAUGAGCGAUCAUACAGUGUAUCAUCUAAUCAUGCGUCUGGCAGUGGCGAUGGCAAUGGUAAUGGAAGUGCAAGUCGAAACUAUUAUGACCAUGAUGAAUAUCCAAGUAUCAAAUCUGCGAUGGCGACCAAAGCAUCUUCACCAUCAAAUUCCAAAUGGUCAUUUCGAAGUCAAAGUAAAUCACGUACUUCAUCAAAUCAUCGAGAUAGUACUAAAUCUACCAAUUCCAAAAAAUCGAAAAGAGCCUCAAACAGUACCAUCUCUCAAAGAUUGAAAAAAUGGGAAAUCAUAUUUGAUCACAAUGAGAAUUAUGAAAAGGAAAUGAGACACAAAGAGAAUCAAAUGGAUUUGAAAGAUCUAGCGGGAAGAGCAUGGGUUUUGGAAAGAGUUUUGAGAAGUGGUAAGAGGGUGUCCUCUCAAUCGCUGAGAUAUCUCAGACCGUUCACACCGUCAUCUUCAUUUGCACGAAAUCGUACUCCUCCAACCCAUCACUCAAAGUCAAAUUCAGGUUCGACUGUUCAUCUAACUCCGCGAAAUUCGUUUCAAGCUUCAUCCCCGCAUGUAUAUUCGAGACAUCAAUCGUAUAAAUCAAACCACUCACCGCGUAAAUCAACUUCCACUCAGUCACAUUCACAUGCGCAUUCACAAUCACAAUCAGAUAGACGAAAAUCAACGACGUCAGCGCGGUCUUUUCGUUUAAAAGAGAGAUGGGGCAAAAGAUUGAGGAGAUCAGAAAGCAGGGAAGACAUUUUCACCGAGCUGGAUUCGGAGGAUACACAUCUUGAUAACACCGGACAUGAUCGCCUCUCCCAGGACGAAAGUGAAGAUGCAGUGGUAGACACUCGUGAACCAAAUACACCAGCACUAGGCCUAAAACAUACAGUACACUCUGAUGACGAUCAUGAAGAAGACGACAGACAAAAGGGGGUAAAUCGUAUUGGUGGUAAAGGAGUUAUAGUUUUUCCAGAAGAACAAGUAUUGAAACCAUCGCCAUCUUUACCACCUAAAGAUUCAACUUUGUAUUGUAUAGGAUCGACAAGAUUCAAUUCUUGUUUUUCACCCACCUCGCCCACACCUCUCCUAUCUGUACCCCUACCUAGUCCGUCCUCAACCCCGUCAAAAACUCGGGAGGAAAUCGAAAAGAGAAUAGAACAAGGUGAAGUCGUGAUGAGGUAUACUCGUUCACCUCAAUCACCUCAUCUGGGUCAUAGAUCACCCGACUACAGGAGUAGACAAAGUGUUAUCAGCUACUUGGAAACUGGAGUUUGGGAAGAAAAACCUAAAAACAGAUGGAGAUGGUCAAUCAUCAUUCUAUCAUCUUUAGUGGUAUUGCUCAUCAUAGGUUUAUUGGUUGGACUGUUGAUAAGAAGGUAUCGGUCGAGUUGA